CCAAAUCCUCCACCCAAGCUAAGCAAGAGAGCAGCGGCCAAGACUGUCUCCGUCCACCGAUCAAUUCGUCCUAUCUUACAUUUUACCAACUCCAUUUCGUUCUUGUUCCCAAUGGCGGCAGCCAAGUCCGUCGAGCGGCUGGCGCAGCGCCUGGUCAUCCCGGCAGAGCCGACGCCGGCCGGCCCGCUCCGCCUGUCCUGGCUCGACCGCUACCCGACCCAGAUGGCGCUCAUCGAGUCGCUGCACGUCUUCAAGCCGUCCCCUGACCGUGACGUCAACGGUGCCGGCCCGGCGAGCACCAUCGAGCGGGCGCUGGCGCAGGCCCUGGUCCAGUACUACCCUCUCGCCGGCCGCCUAGGGUUCACGGACGAUGGCGGCCUGCUGCAGGUGGACUGCGGCGGCGACGGCAGCGGCGUCUGGUUCACCGAGGCCGCCGCCGCAUGCGGGCUCGAGGACGUGGAGUACCUCGAGCACCCGAUGAUGAUCGCCAAGGACGAGCUGCUCCCGCCAACGCCCGCCGAUGAGAAAGACGAGCGCAGGCUCGUCCUGCUCGUCCAGGUCACCACCUUCGCCUGCGGCGGCUUCGUCGUCGGUUUCCGCUUCAGCCACGCCGUCGCCGACGGCCCCGGCGCUGCGCAGUUCAUGGCCGCUGUCGGGGACCUCGCCCGCGGCCUUAGCGUGGAAAGCUUGGCGGUACAGCCACAGUGGGGCCGCGACGCCAUACCGAACCCGGCCACCGCCGUCAUCGGCAGUCUGCCAAGCCCCGCGGGCGCCAAACACCUGGAGUACCUCGCCAUGGACAUCUCGGCCGACUACAUCGGCCACUACAAGGCCCAGUACAACAACGGCGCGCACGGAGGCUCGUGGUGCUCGGCGUUCGAGGUGCUUGUGGCCAAGGCAUGGCAGAGCCGCACACGCGCAGCGGGGUUUGAGCCGGACUCCGACGUCCACCUCUGCUUCGCCAUGAACGCGCGCCCGCUCCUGCACGCCUCCCUCCCGCGCGCCGGCGCAGGGUUCUACGGUAACUGCUACUAUAUCAUGCGCGUCACGGCGCCCGCCGGCAAGGUGGCCGGCUCGUCGAUCCCGGACGUGGUGAAGAUCAUUAAGGACGGGAAGAGGCGGAUGCCAGCGGAGUUCACGCGGUGGGCUACGGGGGAGGCCGGUGCCAAUGGCGGCAAGGACCCGUACCAGAUCACGUCGGACUACCGGACGCUGCUCGUGUCGGACUGGUCGCGGCUCGGGUUCGCCGAGGUCGACUACGGUUGGGGGCCGCCGGCGCACGUCGUGCCACUGACGAACCUGGACUACAUUGCCACGUGUAUACUGGUGAAGCCGUGGGCACACAAGCCAGGGGCACGGCUCAUCACCCAGUGUGUGACGCCCGACCGCGUCGCCGCCUUCCACCAGGGAAUGCUCGACAUGAACUGACCGGAGCUCCUGGCCUGGCCGGAGACGAGGAAGAAAUGAAGCUGAAGCCAAAAUGGAUUUGAUUUGACUGCGUAAUUAGACAUACGGGCAUUGGAUUGGUUCUAUGGUGUGUGAUGUGGCCGUGUGGUGUAACUGAAAAAUAAGAAACUGAUCCUGAUUUGGGCGA